AUGGCAAUGAAGUCUAGUUUAACAUCAACGCGUAAGACGCGAAGUGGCUGCUUUACCUGCAAAUACCGACGCGUCAAGUGCGAUGAGCAAAGGCCCUCGUGCUUGCGAUGUUUAUCGACACAACGAAUCUGCGAGGGCUACGCCAACCCCAUUCAACCAAGUCUCACUCCUGACACCUUACGGGAUGAAGAGCGCCGAGCAUUUCUCUACUUCCGAAGUCGAACCACUCAUCGGAUCUUUGGCCAUCAAGAUGCAAAUGAUUGGAUUCCGAUUUUGCUGCAGAUGGGGCAUAAUGAAGCACCAAUAAAACAUGCUCUGACGGCUAUUGCAUCGUUACAUGAGAGCCAAGAGCCUGUCGACACGUCUGUUUCUAUACGACAAUCUGACAAGAAUGCCCGGAUGACAGCUCAGACACUCGCCUUGAAGCAUUAUACUGCAGCAAUCAAAUCCGUACAGAGGGAGUCACCGACUAGGCCAUCCCGACCAGAUGUCGUUCUUGCCCUAUGCAUCCUUUUCAUUUGCUUCGAGCAAUUUCGAACCUGUGAUGCCGCAUGUCUCAUUCACCUCAAAGCUGGCCUCAGGCUAUUAUACUGGUGGAGAUCUCGCACCAGCCUCUAUACCAAUCUGCAAGAAUAUUCGCGGCCUACGAUGGAUUUCAUCAAUAAUCAGAUAACACCACUUUUGCAACGUCUACGCGUACAGUUCUCCUUGUGCAUGGAUUCUCGUCACAUAUUAAUGGAUCUCGGUGUUCCACUUUGUCUACCAACUCCUACUUUCCCAUCAUCAUACCCAUCUUUUACUUCUGCUCGCAUUGACUUCGACAAAACUAUGAAUUAUAUCUUCUCGUUUUUGGAAUCCAGGAGGUACAAAAACACCGAAUCCUCGGCGGAAUCUCCGAACGCACUGUUGCAUCAGUGGAAAGCCACGUUAGAUGCUUCCACCUUCUCAGAAGUGCGCCCGGUGCUACAGAAAUGCACACACAACUUGCUGGAGCUUUACUUCCAUGUCUCCGUUGUCAUAAUCGACACCUACCAUGCUCAAACAGAAACCAUCUUCGAUCAACACACUGAUCGCUUUCAGCUGAUCAUUGAUCUCGCCGAGAGUAUUGCCAGCAUGUGUGUUGAAAAGACGGAAGACUUCAGCUUGCUGUUCAGUUUUGAUUUGGGUAUUACUCCUCCAAUGUUCCUCGUCGCUUCUCGAUGUCGCCACCCCCUUAUCCGCAGAAAGGCUGUUGCGUUGAUGCUCCAAUCCCCAUUUUAUCACGGUGUUUGGCAAGAUCGAUAUUCGGGUCUCUGUGCGCAACGAAUCAUGGAAAUUGAAGAGGAAGGUAUCGAGAUUUUGAUGGACCAUAUCAUGAUACCCGAGGACCGGCGUGUACGAAAGAUCUCCGCCGAUUUGCAAGAAGGCGAGUGUCGAAUCACCAUGCAAUUCGUGCGCUCGCCUUUCGUCACGGGCGCCCAAACAUACACCACUUCAGUGUCACUGGCUUGCUAG